UCUCAUUAUCAAGGACGGAUUUGGGGGUUGGGGGGCAGGGCUAUAGUUCCCCCAGGCCCAACAACUUUUUUUUAAAGGUUUCCGAGAAGAAAGGAGCAAAGAAAUGGAAGAGGGUGGAAGUAAAUCUAAAAGAUCAUGUAAAAGUGCCUGUUUUCCCCAUUGGGAUGUCAAAUGAUUAUUAUGAUGAGGCUUUCAGUGAGUAUUUAUCAAAACUUGGAAUGGAACAAUUUCCUCCAAAUAGACCUUUGUGGGAAAUUCAUAUAUUCAAGUACCCAACAAAAAAUGCAGCUGGAAAUUUGAUAUUCAAGCUUCACCAUUCACUUGGAGAUGGCUAUUCUUUAAUGGGAGCCCUUCUCUCCUGUCUACAAAGAGUCGAUAAUCCUUCUUUCCCGUUGACAUUCCCUACGCGCCAGUCUAACUUGGGGCCUAAUGGUAACAGCCGUGGCUUUUUCCGGCGUGUGCCUCGGUUUUUUACAGGGUUAAUUAACACUGUGUAUGAUUUCGGAUCGAACGUCUUAAAGAGCAGUUUGAUUGAGGAUGACAAAUCGCCAAUUAGAUCAGGGGAUGAUGGAGUGGAGUUUCGACCAAUUGUUGUAACUACUACUACAUUUUCCAUUGAUCACAUCAAGCAAAUCAAGGACAAGCUUAAAGUGGUAAAAUCUUCUCUUUUCUUAUGCCUGAAUCAUCGUAGAAUGUUUGGAAAAUAUUAUUAACUUUUCCCGUUUGGUUCAAUUAGCAAAGUUGAUCAAAAUAUAAGUUAAUCACAUAUCUAAUAUUCAAUCACAUAUUACAUCAAUCAAA